AGGUUACUUUUAGUAAAGCUCACGAAGUGUUAAGACGUUCCAGUUGUAUUAAUAAGAUACUGGUCUUUAUUUCAUUGUAAUUUUGUUUGUAUUGUACAAGUUUUUUUUUAUAAAUUAUUUUGUCUCUAAACGACGAUUUAAAAAAAAUUAAAAAAACAAAAUGUUGCACACUGUCCGAAGUAAUGCUGAUUUUGAUAGACAAUUGUCGGCCGCUGGCGGCCGUUUGGUGGUUGUCGAUUUCACGGCCAGCUGGUGUGGUCCCUGCAAGAGUAUUGAACCCAAAGUCAGAGCGCUAUCGCGCAAAUAUAAGGACAAAGCAGUUGUGCUAAAAGUGGACGUGGACAAGUGUAGCAAUGUGGCACAUGAUUAUCGAGUAUCUUGUAUGCCCACGUUUGUAUUUAUCAGAAAUGGACGUAAGAUCGAUCGUUUUUCAGGAGCUGAUGAAAUGGAGUUGGAGUACAAAAUGUCUAAAAUGGCUAAAGUUAAAUGAGACAGAUGAUUGUAAUGUAAAUGAAAACUAUAAAAUUAAAAUUUUAAAUAUUUAUAACAGAGGUUUUUAAAAAAAAUUGUAAUGUACUUAACUUUAUUGUAAUUUAACCAAUGUAAAGUGCAUCUGGUAUGCAAUUAAAAAAAUUAAAGAAGCAAUGUGAAACUAUUGUAUGUUAAAUUAUGUAAUAAAAUGUCAAU